AUGUCCCUUUCAAUCAGUUUGAGAGUCGCAGUGGAGGCUGCCCUUUCGCAGAUGGGCUUCAGCUGCGACGAGAGCACUGGGCUCUACUUUGACUACAGCACUGGUUUCUAUUAGGACUCUGAAAAUCAGCUAUACUCUGACCCCUCCACUGGCAUCUAUUACUACUGGGACGUGGACAGCGGUCGCUAUCAGUUUCAUUCUCGGGUGGAUCUACAACCUUACCAGACUCCUACUACAAGACAAAGUAAGGAUAAAAAAUUAAAGAAGAAAAGAAAGGAUCCAGAUUGCUAUACAACAACUGAAGAAACGGACGUGAGUUCAGCAGACCAGAAGGCUGCCAGUGUGGAAUAUGCAAGCUGCGGUGAGGGGGCGAGUUGUGCAAAUGGAAGGAAGAAGGCCAGAACGGGCAUUGAUCACAGACCCAGUCCUCCCCGAUGUAGGGCAGAGUCCCCUCCCUGUGACAGCGCCAUGAAUGCCGCUGCAGGUGACGCCAGGAAAGGCCCAGAGACCGACAGUGAGCCGGAGGAAGGUGAAAUUACAGAUUCUCACACCGAGGGCACUGGUGAGGACGGCGGCAGUGUGGACACCGAGGAGGAGGAGGAGGAGGAGGAGGAGAUCUGGCCCCCGUGUAUUAGAGUGAUUGUUAUCAGGUCCCCGGUGCUGCAGACAGGGUCGCUGUUUAUCAUCACCGCUGUGAACCCUGCUAGGAUUGGAAGAGAGAAGGACAUGGAGCACACCUUGUGCAUCCCUGAAGUCGGUGUCACUAAAUUUCAUGCGGAAGUGCAUUUUAACUACGACGUACAAAGCUACGUCCUGGUGGAUCAAGGCAGUCAGAACCGCACAACUGUCAACGGGAAGCAGAUUCUCCAGCCAAAAACCAAGUGUGACCCUCACGUGCUGGAGCAUGGGCAUGAGGUGAGAAUCGGGGAGACAGUACUGUCCUUCCACAUCCACCCUGGCAGCGAGACGUGCGAUGGCUGCGAGCCAGGGCCGGUGAGAGCGCACCUGCGCCUUGAUGAGAAGCAUGAAGCUUUCGUUCCAGCACUAAGUAAAGAAGAAAAAGAGUUGGAAAGGAGAAAAUAAUUAAAGAAAAUACGAGUGAAAUAUGGUUUACAGAAUACAGAUUAUGAAAAUGAAAAGGCCUUGAAGAAUCCAAAAUACAAAGAUCGAGCUGGGAAGCGCAGAGAGCAGGUUGGGAGUGAAGGGCCCUUCCUGAGGGACGAUGCUCCUGUGUCUGUCUAUGCUGAAAUUACAGAUAGCAACAAAGGCCGGAAGAUGUUGGAGAAGAUGGGCUGGAAGAAAGGCGAGGGCCUGGGGAAGGACGGCGGCGGCAUGCGCGCUCCGAUCCAGCUGCAGCUUCGGCAGGCUCACGCGGGCUUGGGGACCGGCAAGCCGUCCUCCAUUGAAGAGGUUCCCCUUCUCCAGAACAAGAGCAGGAAGAACUGGGACAAAGCAGGAGAGAGGUUUGCUGAGAACUUCCCGGAAACCAGGCCGCCCAGAGAUGUGCCGGGGAGCGCGCCUUGGGGGAAAGGGAUUGCAGAGUGCAGCCAGUCGCAGCGCAGUCAGGAGCUUGGAGGAAGAGUUUGCAAGUCUCUGCUUACGUGAAACUGCUUCUCAGAAGGUCAAUGGCACAGGGACCUGUGUCACAGUUGCCGCCCACGUUUAGACGUGUAAUAAAGUGUAGAUAGUGACUGGAUCAGGGCGUGUGCUGAGUGGACUAUAAAGUUCACGGGCAGAGUGGCUGGCAGGCUUUAUUACUUGGUCUGGUCAUUACAACAUCCGUGCGUGAGCUUCAUGAACUGCAUCUUGUCCUUGUCCCCAGAGACGCACAGCAGCAGAGGAAAAAAUCCAGAGUUCAUUGGAGCAGUUUUGACUUCCACGCAUCCCUGUUCACGCCCCUUAGAAGCUGGUGAGGACGUUGAGAAGAUGUGGGCGAUGGUGCGAGAUGGGGGAAGGGGUGCCGCCCAGAGCUCGUGGACAGCUGACUCUGGUGGGAGAUCCCACGGCCACUAAUUUCUUCUGUGAAGAGUCUGUGGAUGUGUGCUCUGUAUUCCGCAUUCACGCUUGUUAGUUUCGUAGCAACUGAGAUUCCAGCCUCAUCAGAGGUUAACUUUCUCCAGCAUGAUCAGAGAGAUUACACUCCAGAUGACUUCUGCCUGCUGCAGCUCCCUUGCACUCCCCUCGCCUCUUCUGUGGGCCUCUGACUGCCUCACCCUUCACUUUCUGUAAUACAUGUAUACAGAACAAAGUUCAAAAAGUGCUGCUAGAUAUGACAUGAAAAAUAAUAUCAAGAGAUGUUUGAUGAUGUGUAAUAUGAUUUCUCAUCUAUGAAAUGCUGGUCUCAUUUAUUCCUUUGGGGACUGAAGCUAUAAGAAGGAAAAAAAGACAAGUUGAGAAAAGAAAAUCUUUAUCCAAAGAGGAUCAUAGGUGAAAAAGCUUGUUAAGAACCCAGGAAGAAAGCUCACUGUGGAUUGCUGCCUGUUUUGGGAGUUGCCUCCUAAUUUGAAAGAGUGGAGAACUGCUGGUAUUGUUGAGGAUUAAAACUUCAUUUUUGGUGCUUACAACAGAUCUCAGCAUAGAAAAAUUGGUGUCUCUCUAAUGACAAGAAUCAGGGGAUCCCAUUAUAUAACAAAUGAGUUUUCAGAAACAGGAAGGUAGAUCCUGGAGUUUAUAAUAUGACAUAGUCAGCUGCAGGCUACAGGCUACAGGCUCAGUGAAGAUCACCACAAUCCUUAGGACACUCUCAAAAGUGUGUGUUCUGGCACUCUCAAGCUGAUGAAAUCUUGCUUUGAAUAUGACUGGUUUUAACUACUGCAUUUUUAAAGAUGCAUUUCUGUGGCUGAAUUUCAAGAGAAGCUCGUGCUUGUGGACGGCUGCUUUGUCAGUGAACACUGGAUUUUGAAAAUAUAGAACCUGAGUUGGUUUUGAGAGAAAAACGUUUUCAAAUUCAUAAUCACAUGUUUAGCCAUCACCACAGCAAAAUUUGGAUGGUAGUGAAAUGGAACCAAAUCAAAAGCCAAGAUUUAGUUUAAUCACACACUGUCUCUCUUCAAGCACCUUCAGAGAAGAUCAGCAAAUAAUUAACAACAUUGAAAAAGAAUUAUCAUGAAAAGGUCAAAACUGGAAUUUGCUAUUUAUAGCCCUUCUGCACCACAUAUUAUGAGUAAGGACUUUGCAAAUUUACCAGGGAGGUAAGAGGAGCCCAAGAACCACCCCCCCUCCGACAAGGAGGACAUACUUCAACCAUGGAAAUAAAAGGAACAGUGAUUGUGUUUAAUAUAAGAGAAAGUAAUGCUUGAAGAUGUAUCUCUGUGACAAAUAAACAACGAGCUUCUGAAGAAGUUUCUGGAUGGAAUAGCACUAUCCUCCAGGAGGUUAAAAAAAUUACCCAGUAAAGUGGCCACGUGUUCCCUCUGAAAGCAAGUGUUGCCUGGAAGUGCUGAGGAGAGGACUUUACAGAAUAUCUGAAGAGAAGAAAGGUAGAACAAUGUUAUUUUUUGCCUUAUGCUUCUACUGUCCCUGGAACAAAUGGGCCACUGAGAGAAAACAAAGAAGUCAUUAUUUAGGCUAAAGUUGCAAAGGAGGAAGACUGUCAUCAUGGUUCACUGUGUAUCUGUGUGCAUGACACAGCUCUAGGGAGUAUUGGUCAAAUCAUUGUCUAUUUCAGUUGUAUUCCUGGCAUUAUUCACUGCACACCUGCAACCUGGCAUCAUUGACUACCUGCUCAUAAUAGAACAGAAAUGACUGCAUGCAAUGUUCAGGCAGAGAAAGGCCUAAGAUGACUGUCAUCAGUCUUCUUUCCAUGUGUGAUGGAAGGGAUUUUACACUCUCGAAAGACCUGAAGGAGAGGAGCUGGUAGACCCCAUGCAUGGAGGAAGGUCGGGAGGUGGAGAUGCUGAUUUUAAGUUUUGAUGAUUUUAUGCUGCAUGAAUGUAUCUCAAUACUAUCCUGUGCUUCAUGAAAGUGUGCAAGUAUUAUGUGUUAAUCAAAAACUUAAAAUUACUCCAGUGUAUAUUCAGUAGGAGAAUGCAGAGGAAGCUGUUGGUGCUGUAUGAAAUAGGAAUCCUAGUCAAACCACAGCAGGUUGAUAACUCAAAUGAGAAAAGGAUUCUGGGGCAGCAAAGACAUGGGUGAGUUUUCUGGAAGAAAUCACAGUUCCCUUCUCUAAGGAAAGAACAGACUGUCAAUGAAUCUGCCAUCACUCCAGCAUUGAGGCCAGUGAGGACAGAGGGUGUUGGCUCCCCACGGGCCCGUGGAAUGGGACACAGAAAUGGAAGCAGAGCACAAGGACGGAAGCCUCUUCUUCAAUGACACGGCGGGUGGUUGUUUUCUCCUCACAAGCAGAUCCAUUUGGGAAGGAAAGAGAUGUCUUGAAAGGGAAUUGGAUUUUGAAUUGUCUUCAUAUUUAUCAGCAAUGGGUAAUUAGGACCAGAGCAGAGUCUCCGGUAUCUCCCUCCCAAGUGCAGAGAGAGAGAGGUCAUCCAUCUGCUGGUGUACUCUCCAAAUGGCUGCAAUGGCUGGAGCUGCACUGAUCUGAAGCCAGGAACCUGGAGCUUCUUCCAGGUAUCCCACGGGGAUGCAAGGGCCCAAGGACUUGGGCCUUCUUCUACAGCUUUUCCAGGCCAUAGCAGAGAGCUAUGCCAACACCCAGUGCUGGUGCCUAGAAUUAUGCACAACUUUUAAAGAAAGCAACUUCCCACCUUACUUUGUUGUUUGAAAGUGCAUGUAUGUGUGUGUAUAUUCAUGUGUUCCAUUUAAAAUAUGUAUGUGGACCUAAUUAUAAAGCAAACUACCUGAGAAGUUUAGGUAAAAUGAUUUUUGAGUUCAGAAGAUAACAAGAUUCUUUAGAGUUAGAGGCCAUCUAGUUUUAUUAAAACCUGUGUGCUGCUUUUGUUUUCUUAAUUAUAAAGAAGAUUGCCAACCACAGAAGUUCAAUACUUUGUGCAUUUGGAGCUCUUUCCCUUUUAUUGAUCGAUUUUCAAGGUGCAUUUGAAUUUGAGGUACACGGUGCUUUCACUAAUUAAAGAGGGAUCAGUUUUAUUGCUCCGAACUUGAGUCCAUUUAGCUUUCUAAGUGUAUUAUAUUUCUCCAUUUUGAAGAGAAAGUAUAGUCCUAAAUGGUUUUUCACCUACUCAGUGAGUUAUUUACCAAAUACCAACAAAAAUUACUUUUGAGUUUUCCACCUAAGAUUAAACUUUUACCAAUAAUUUAAAAAGUUUGGAGCCAUCUGGUAUGGUUUUGGUUUCAUCUUUGUUUCUUGUUGGCUUAUAAAAAAAAAAAUCUAGCAAUUGUGUUCCUAAGAUUAGCCACACAAAAUAUUUAAAUUGCAUCAACCAAUGAUUCAGGGCUGCUGUAGACUGUGAUCCACAGGUAUGAUUCUCUUGAACUGUGUCAAGAUUGUCAGCUCUGGUUCAGGCUAAAUAACUUACUCUGAUUUCACAUUUAUUUGAUCUAACAUUUACUAUUAGUACUAAGUGUUGAAUUAUGAAAAAUGAAACUUUCUGAUAUUUCACCUCAACAUUCUGGAAAGAGUCACAAAUUCACCCAUUUUUUGAGGUCCUGGGCCAUACACAGGCAAGAUAGUAGAGUUAGUUCUUUGUUGCAGCUAGGAAAAUAGAGAAAAUAGAAGACAAAAGACGCUUUUCUCUCUUUCAGAAGAAUAUGGAAGUCUUUUUGCCUACCCUUAUAUUUUUUCUGGAGAAUGAGCUCUAUGGACCCAAGCGUAGUUGAGGAAUACUCAGCACCCUGAUGAACAGAAAGGGAUCAAAGUCUGAGGAGACUUAGGAGAACAAGAAAAGGAGAGAUCAGACACGGAAGUGCUCCUUAGUGUCUGUAGGAGAUAGACCUUGUGACUCAGGCAAGUCUUUAGUUCUGCAUGUGUUGUGCUGUUCAAUAGCAGUGUCUUUGUGUACUGGGCUGUGCCUUUUUACUUUCUAAUAUUAAUAUCUUAACAUUUUGUGUCUAUCUUCCCUAAUAUAAACCAAUAAUCUGAAGAUUAAGUCGCUUUUGUUUUUCCAACCAGCACCCAGCAUAGUAUCGAAUAUAGACUUCGUUAAUAAACAAAGUGCAGAGGGUGAAAUUCCAAAGUUACAUAUUUGUUUUUUGAUUUAAUUGUUGACUAGUUGAUCCUUCUAGGGAACUUUAUGGUCCAAAGUGAUUACUAUAAAAUUUGAUGC